UCGCAAUAUGCCUCAACUUGUCCCCUCCCCCGCGGACUGCCUGGCUUGAGAUGAGUGGAAGAUGUCGGUUUCGGGUCUGAAGGCCGAAUUGAAGUUUUUGGAGUCAAUUUUUGACCCAAACCACGAACGUUUCAGAAUUAUUGAUUGGAAGCCUGAUGAGCUUAGUUGUCAGUUUAAUGUAACCGGUGAAAAACUCCUGAUUAUACAUUGCAACAUCACGGAGUCAUACCCCUCUAUACCCCCUAUCUGGUUUGUUGACUCUGACGACCCAAGUCUGACAGAGGUGUUGGAGCGCCUGGAAGAUGUCAGAAAGGGCACCUCUUUGCUCCUACAGCAGCUGAAGCGUCUCAUCUGUGACCUGUGUCGGCUGUACAACCUGCCCCAGCACCCAGAUGUAGAGAUGCUAGAUCAGCCACUCCCUGCUGGGCCCAUCAACCCAGAGCGCAAGCAUGGACCAGCGGAUGAAGUGACAUCCGAGGAGGAGGAGGAAGAAGAAAUGGGCGAGCAGGACAUUGAAGACCUGGACCACUAUGAGAUGAAAGAGGAGGAGCCAGUGGAUGGGAAGAAGUCUGAGGACGAUGGCAUAGAGAAGGAGAACCUGGCCAUCCUAGAGAAGAUCCGUAAGAACCAGAGGCAGGACCACUUGAACGUAAGUGCUCAUUCGGGUGCCGUCUCUGGUUCCGUUCAGGCCUCUGAUCGUCUCAUGAAAGAACUCAGGGAGAUCUACAGAUCACAGAGUUACAAGACAGGUAUAUAUUCAGUGGAGCUAGUCAAUGACAGCCUUUAUGAAUGGCACGUCAAAAUAAGGACGGUAGACCCAGAUAGUCCGUUACAUAGUGACUUGCAGGUUCUGAAAGAAAAGGAAGGGGUGGACUACAUUCUGCUCAGUUUCUCAUAUAAAGAUAACUUUCCUUUUGAUCCACCGUUCGUACGGGUAGUCUCCCCUGUGCUGUCUGGAGGUUACGUUCUUGGCGGAGGGGCCUUGUGCAUGGAACUUCUCACGAAACAGGGCUGGAGCAGUGCCUAUUCCAUAGAGUCUGUGAUCAUGCAGAUCAACGCUACCCUAGUCAAAGGAAAAGCCAGGGUGCAGUUUGGAGCCAAUAAGAACCAGUACAAUCUUGCCAGAGCACAACAGUCAUACAAAUCCCUCGUGCAGAUUCACGAAAAGAAUGGCUGGUACACACCUCCCAAAGAGGACGGGUAAAGAAGUCGCUCCUCACUGGGAACAGAAUAAUGUCUUUGGGUCUUUUUUUUAGUUUUUUUUUGAACUAUUUUCUCCCUUCUGACUUAUCAGGAGUAAGUAUAUCAUCUUUCUCCUGGAAACCAACUGGCAAAUUCUUCCAUCUCGCCUGUUGUCGGCUCAGUUGACCAGUAUCUCUCCUCUCUGCCUGGUCCAACAAUGGGCUAGACUGUCCUCCUCCUCCCCCAUCGCUCUCACGUCACUCCACUUCCUCCCUAGCACUUUCUCUGAGGAGCGUGUUUGUGGUGACAAAGAGGGAUCGUGCUCAUCAUCUUUGGACUUUUAAAAUCUACACAGAAAGGUUUUUUGUUUUCCCUCCUCUCAAAAUGUGGAGAAUGGCUUUUUUCUUCCUGUACGUACGCUGGUGUGACAACGUGGGCUCGACUUACAAUCCCCAUCACUUCCUCCUGGGGGAGAGAACCUACCUGACGAGACGAGAGCUGGUUGGUUUGCUUGUAGCCAUGUCCUUCUCCUCUGUUUUUAAGUGUGACGCUGCCAGCUCUUACCUUACGGCCUCGGCACGGUCUGUGGGAUUUAACUGAAAGCUCUGUGGUGACAGUUGGAAUUUAAAACGAAGAAGAAGAAGAUGGAGGAUGACGUUUUAGUGAUGUCACCUUUCGUGACACUGCUCCUUUUUUCUCCUCUUUUGUGUAAUAUUUACAAAUUGCAGACGUCGUUGUUAAGAUAUUAUACGCUUAAAAUUGUAAUUGUACUUGCUGGCUUGUUUUAAUGUCCCAUGAGCCGGAUUGGUGACAAAAUGGUGUGUGACUAGGAUGCAGGAGGGGCUUUGAACUGAGGCGGAGGUUCUAUCUCGAAUGGCAUCCUAUUCCCUAUAUAGUGCGCUACUUUAGACCCAGAGUCCUAUGGGAAUUAACAACGCAGGAUGUUGACAACGCUCUUAGAAAAAGCAAAGCAUCGCUGCUGUGGGUUUCAGAUAAAUGGAUGGUCAAAAGUUGUACACUGUAAGGAACAGGGUGCCACUCCAUGCCAUCUCCUUGCUGUCCUGUAGCAUGCAGCUAUUGAUCCUCAGUUACCACACCAAGUCUGAAUAUUAUUCAUGUAUUAUAGUUGAACUGAGCUCCACCUGUCAUUUUGUAAAUCCAUGUACCUGUCUUAAAUAUAACAUUAGUCGGGGGGUGGGGACAGAACAGGUGUGGCCACAGACUGAUGUCUCAGAAUGUAGGAGGACGACUCCGGUGUGAUGUGCUGAAGGUUGUUUAUGCGUCCCGAACAGCAACCCCCCAUUCCCUAUACAGUGCACUACUUUUGACAAGAGCUCUAUGGUCACUGGUCAAAAAUAGUGCGCUAUAUAGUGAACGGGGUGCCAUUUGGGACUGGGCCUUUUGUCUUUAGUUGGAGGAGGAGGAGUAAGGCCGGGCUAUAACCCGCUUGUGAGUCAUUGCUGUGUCUCAAAAGGUACGUUAGUCCCUAUUAUAGUGCACUGUAUAGGGACUGAGGUGCCAUUUUGGACCGAGUCGUUGUGUAAGCAUUAUGACCCUCUUAUUUUAAUCAAAAGGAACGUAAACUUUAAAGACAGUUUUGUUCCUCCCAACCUGACGAUGAGGUUAAAUAUGCCUUCUCUUUCUCAUCAACAACAACACUGGUCUUCAACUUGCGCCGUUAAAGGUAGAGCAGUCUGAAGUUAGCGUUAGCAGAGCGGGGCUUACCGUUGACGUAGCCCUGUUAGCGCAAUGCUAACAUUAAAGAGACCUUAAUAUGUAAGUAGAUAACAACCGGUCUUUUUUAUUUGGUGGUUGGUGGGCCCGGAGCGUGACAUGAUGACCACUGUUGUAUUGCAUUUAAGACGCCGACAGCCUGUUUGUGGGUUCUUUCCAAAAUACCAUAGGACUUGGCAAGACCGCACAAACAUACCCAGGACCAACCAGGCUAGAGCAUAGUGUACAAGGCUUCCAUGGCGCGCCACAUAAGACGUAGUGAUGAAAGAUGCUGUGGCUAUGUACCGUUCACUCUAUCCGUUCCUGCACCAAACUUGUAAAGUAAAGCUGUGAUUAUUUUACCUCCCUCAAACACCUCACUUGUUACAUUACCAGUUAGUAGCCAGUUUACAUUAGUCAGCUUUCAUUGGAGGUUGAAGCAUUGUGAGCCUUACACAAUUGUAUGUUUUCAAUAGAUCCUAUUAGAAGUAUUAGUAUUAUUAUUGGACAGAGUUUUCAUUGGGCUAUAGUAAACAACCUGACUGUAAUAGGAUGUUUUAUUGGGUGAUAUAUUCUAAAUUCUAUAGCUACCUAAGUUGAAACACAGUUAACUAUUUGGAGGGGAGCUUCCUUGGCCUGGUAAAGAAAUAACAUCUUAUCUGCGUCCCAAAUGGUACCCUUUUCCCCUGUAUAGUGCACUACUUUUGACAAGCGCCCAUAGGGCUCUGGUCAAUCAAAAGUAGUUGACUAUGUUAGGAAAUAGGGUACCAUUUGGGACGCACAUAAGAUAAUGUUACUGCUAUUUGGGACGCUACCAUAAAAUACCAGGCCUGGUUGAGCAUAUACACCGUGCAUGGAGAGGUUCUGUGUUUUUCACCUUGUAUAUCAAGACUGUUUGGCUAAAUAUCUCUUUUUGAUGUGUACUAAUACGAAGGAUUACUGUAUUAUACUAUGUAAGUAUAAAUUGCUCUUAUGAACUGAUGUGGAAGUUUUGGAAUGCUGUUACUUACCCCUUUUUGUUUAGCCUUUCACAUGCAAUGUGACACAACUGCAGUCCUACUAUAAGAUGUCUCCCAAAUAGCACCCUAUUCCCUAAUUAGUGCACUACUUUUGACCAGGGCCCAUAGUGAAUAUGGUGCCAUUUGGGAUACACUCUGUGUUUAUCCCAUGGGGUCUUUCUGCACAACAUUUGCUAUCACAACCUUUCUGCAAAAGCAGUUUUGAACUGAACAAAACUCAGGUAAACAAACUGUUUACUUUUGGAAGGGAUAUUCCUGCGUCCCAAAUAGCACCGUAUUCCCUAUAUAGUGCACUACCCGUAUAGGGUACGUGGGGACACCCAGGGUCCUAUUGUCUGGAAUCAAAAACAUUAUGGGCAUCUGCUGUACAUUUUAGUCUUUAGCCUCUUAACUAAUACAUAUAUGCAGGCUAAGCUACAAUGGGUUUUUUAUAGUGCAAGAGGUCUUUUAAAUAUCUCGUCUGUAAUGGUAAAUAUAUAUUUGCACAAAAAUAGCAAGGAUGUGCCUCAGUGGUCAAUAUACCUAAAAUAACAAAUCAAGUCCUUCAAGAACCUCACCUUUUCUGAAUCAGGGGAAACAUUUUCUUUCUAGAUCAACUCUUCUAUCCCUUAUUGUUCAAAUGAUGUUACCAGUCUGAAUCAUACAUGCUGAAUCUCCCUUCUCCACCCUCCUCCCAAAGUGUACAACUCGCGCACUCCCGAUCAUGGAUUUACUAGCUGGAGGGUGUUUCCACCGUUGUUAAAUCUAUGAUGGGGAACGUGCAGGUGCCCACUUCGGGAGAAAGGUGGAGAAUGGAGACGCAGCCACAGGUUCUUGUAUUUCUAGGGGUCGACAGGGAGAGAAGGAGGGGUGGUUUAAUUCUCGUCACCAACAGUUGUACUAAAUCUACUUGGCUCCAAAUGACCAAGACUGCGUCCCAAAUGGCACCAUUUUAUUCCCUACACACCGCACUGCUUUUGACCAGGGCCCAUGCGGAGCCCCACAGGGCUCUGGUCUAAACUAGUGCACUACAUAGGGAAUAGGGUGCCAUUUAGAGAUAAGCCAAAGCCUUGUCCCGUUACCUCUACACAGAAUUGAUGGUUUAGUGUAAGAUUGACUUCACUUCACUUGGUGAAUCCAUUUGGAUUUGGUGGGGUGUUUCUGGACAGGGCCCGGAUCUCUGGUCAGGGUUUAGGAGCUCAAUCACUUCGGGUCGUCAGUCAGUUCAGUCGUUCAUUCUGUGAUUAAUAAGUUUGCACGCUUCUCUGUAACUGGACAUUUGUUUUUGAUAAAAGGUUCAUCUAUCUUCUCUAUCUAGACUAAUUGUGAAUUCAUUUUCUGCUCGCCAACAAAUGUUGGACAGAUUGUCAAGUUUUGCACCGUUGGCAUGCUUUGGUUUGUGUUCAUAUUAUUUGUUUCCAUUUCAAGAGAAAUUUUGACCAUGUACAGUAAUUUAUAAACUUGCAUCAAGUUUAUGAAUAAAGAAUUUAAAGAUUA